AUGGUCGAACACUCCCCUCGGGGAAUCCAUUCCCGCCUCCAGUCCACCGCCGACGCCUUGAUGACCAAUGCCGCGACGGCCACCCCCCUCUUCCUGGCCUCGUGCGUCAACAUUGCCGAAGCCGCCCAGAACCAACCCCGAGCCGAAGCCGCUCAUAAUAACCACCACACCGUGGAGCCGCCCCUGGCUGCUCAGAUCAACCGACAGGUCGCUGCAGACGACAUCGACGACGCGCUCAACGAGUGGGCUCAUACCGUGAUCCAGCCCGGUUCCGUCAAGUCGAACCCCAACCCAGCCCGCAAGAACGCGCCCGAAGCGCCCUCUCCUCCCCCUCUCACCCCUAUAACCACCACCCGUUCGAGCACCGCCCGCAGGACUCCGACCCAGCGCCUCGGCAGCCGCCGGGGCUCUGGGCUCGCUUCGCCGCAGAGUGCGCGGAGUCUUGCGGACUGGGAAGUGGAAGACUUUGUUCUUAUGGCGACCGUCGAUGGAGAUCUCUACGCCUCUGACCGUAAGACGGGCCAGAAGCGCUGGCAUCUCGAAGCCGAUCAGCCCCUGAUCGAAACUAGCCACCAUCGCGCCAACACCUCCACCCUCGAUGACGAUUACCACCCCGUCGACCACUACAUCUGGGCCGUCGAGCCCAGCCGCGACGGCAGCCUGUACCUCUGGAUUCCGGCUGCUCCGGAGCCCACCCUCGUCAAGACAGGCUUGACCAUGAAGAAGCUCGUCGAGGAGCUCGCCCCCACGCCAUCGAUGACCCCCGUUGCCUAUCUGGGCGAGAAGAAGACGACCAUGAUGACGCUGGACGCCGCUACCGGCCGCGUCCUCAAGUGGUUCGGCACUAGCGGGUCCCAGGUCAACGACGCCGAGAGCUGCUUCCGCCCCAACGCCAUUUACGAGGAGGAGGAAUGCAGCUCCUCGGGCACCAUUACUCUCGGCCGCACCGAAUACACGGUCGCCGUCCAGCGACGGGACGGACGGCCCAUCGCCACCAUCAGGUACGCCGAGUGGGUCCUCAACACCUUUGACCACGACCUGCUCCAGCAGUACAACAUGCCCCUGGACCAGUGGUACAUUACUAGCCAGCACGACGGCAUGGUCUACGCCUUCUCCAGCGACCGGGACAACGUGCCGCUGGCCAUCGACAACGACGACGACACCCCCACCUGCGCCCUUUGCUCAAGAACAAGUUCCCCAGCCCCCUCCGGCAACAGCGACCGGGACUCGGAGCUCAUCAUCCUCCCCCAGCCCCCGCCGCCGCCCCACGACGCGCGCGCGGUGUACGAGCGCGGCAACAACGUGUUCCUCAACCGCACCGACGAGGGCAGCUGGUACGCGCUGUCGGGCCAAGCGUACCCCCUGAUCCUCUCGGCCCCGACGGCCAAGAUUGAGCGGCCCGAGUGGUGGCAGCUCCGCCAGUCCAUCGACACCCUCUCGCCGGACCAGUUUACCGGCGCGCUCAUCGGCACCCACCACCUCGACAUGGUGAGCGGGCCCGGCGGCGAGCACUACCACCCGCCUACCCUGCCCCCGGCGCAGAUUGGAAGCUCGCGCGAGUCGGAGAACGAGUCGGUGCUGCGCCCGCCGCCGCUGUCCGCGGAGGACGACUACCCGCGCACCAUUGGGUCCCGGGUCAAGACGUUCCAGCAGGCGGCUGUGGACAAGCUCAUGGCGUGGGUGAUGAACGAGGUGUGGAUUCCCAUCUUUGUCAUUCUCAUCAUUGUCUACCAAAAGGAACUCCGUCGGCAGUGCAGGCGUCUCGCCAGCAGGCGAUUCUGGGUGGAGUCGGGCUUCCUGCCCAAGAGAAUCGCGGCCAUGGAGCACGACUCGGACUCGGAGUCGGAGGAGAAGCCUGUUGGGAAGCCGUCGGCGGCGACCGCCAGGUCUGUGGAGAAGAAGCCUGAGCGCGAGCCCGAGGCUGUGCCCGAGGCGGCUGCACAACAGCAGGCUGACAAGGAGUUGACGCCCGCUGCCGAGCCCGAGAGCGUGUCGGAGGAAAACUCGUCGCCGGCACCCGAGGAUGAUAGCGUGGCGGAUUCGGCGUCGUCUCGCGCAGAUUCGGCCGAGGCCGAGGCCUCGUUGGGUGAUCGCGUGGCGGAGAAGGGAAGCCUGCCCGUGUUGCCUGAAGAGGACGAAUCGCACCGACAGGAACCGAGCAAGGAGGCUGAGGCCGAGGUGGAAGCCGUUACGACGGUGGCUCGGCCUAGUAAGCGGCGGACGGAUGGCCAAGUCAACGAUGUACCUGUAGAAAAGGAGAAGAAGAAGGCGCACCGCGGCCGUCGCGGGGGCGUGAAGCACCGCAAGAAGGAUAAGAAGAGGGAGGCGUCGGAGGAGUCGCCGACACGGACUGAUCCGAUGACGGCGGUAGAGGACGCUGUAGACAAGGUGAUUCGUCUCCGCGAGCCGGCGAACAUGGAACCCGACGUGCACACGCUCCCCGACGACAUGCAGUCGGUGGCGGGUCCCAUUAUCCGCAUGGGCAAUAUCGAGGUGGACAUGAACGAGCACUUGGGCACUGGCAGCAACGGCACGCUUGUGUUCUCGGGCAAGUUUGACGGGCGGGUGGUGGCGGUCAAGCGCAUGCUCAUCCAGUUUUACGACAUUGCGUCGCAGGAGACCAAGUUGUUGCGGGAGAGCGACGACCACCCCAACGUGAUCCGGUACUUUGCGCAGCAGGUGCGCGACGGGUUCCUCUACAUUGCGCUGGAGCGGUGCGCGGCUUCGCUGGCCGACGUGAUUGAGAAGCCGCACAUGUACGCGGACGUGGCUCAGGCGGGCAGGAAUGACAUUCCCGGCGUGCUCCUGCAAAUCACCAACGGCAUCAGCCACCUGCACAGCCUCCGCAUCGUGCACCGCGACCUCAAGCCGCAGAACAUCCUGGUCAACAUGGGCAAGGAUGGGCGACCCAGGCUUUUGGUGUCGGACUUUGGCCUGUGCAAGAAGUUGGAGGGCGGGCAGUCGUCGUUUGGCGCGACGACGGGCCGGGCGGCGGGCACGUCGGGAUGGCGGGCGCCAGAGCUCCUCAUCGACGACGACGGAUCGGUGAUGGCGGACAGCACGCACAGCGGGUCCGGGUCGGUGCUGGUGGGGGACCACAACAUGCUGCCCAAGAGCCGGGCGACGCGGUCGAUUGACAUCUUUAGCCUGGGCCUCGUCUUCUUCUACGUGCUGACCAACGGCUGCCACCCGUUUGACUGCGGGGACCGGUACAUGCGGGAGGUCAACAUCCGCAAGGGCAACUACAGCCUGGACCUGUUGGACUCGCUCGGGGACUUUGCCUACGAGGCCAAGGACCUGGUGAGCUCGAUGCUGAGCCAGGACCCCAAGACGCGGCCGACGGCGCGGGAGGUGAUGGCGCACCCGUUCUUCUGGACGACCAAGACGCGGCUGCAGUUCCUCUGCGACGAGCUGGAGGCGCACGCGCCCGACGUGACGCGGGGCGAUUUCCUCAAGCACCUCCCGCGGGACUUUAUCGACUCGCUGGGCAAGCAGCGCAAGUACACGGGCUCGCGGCUCCUGGACCUGCUGCGGGCGCUGCGCAACAAGAAGAACCACUACGAGGACAUGCCGGAUUCGCUGAAGCGGUCGAUUGGUUCGUUGCCCGACGGGUACUUGGCGUUUUGGACGGUGCGGUUCCCGAAGCUGUUGCUGGUGUGUUGGAAUGUGGUGUAUCAGGUGCAGUGGGAUUCGGCGGAUCGGUUCAAGGAGUAUUAUGAGCCUGUGAGGACGUGA